UCAAAAGUGUUCAGAAUCACUCCUAGAAAUCUGAAGUCCUAGGCUCUCCAGGAUGGACCUCACAGCAGCAAAUCACCGCAUACCUCUAAGUGAUGGAAACAGUAUUCCUAUCAUUGGGCUUGGUACUUACUCAGAGCCUAAAUUGACCUCUAAAGGGAGCUGUAAGACAUCAGUUAAGAUGGCCAUCGAUGUUGGGUACCAGCACAUUGAUGGGGCCUACAUCUACCGGAAUGAGGACGAAGUGGGGGAGGCCAUCAGAGAGAAGAUAGCAGAAGGAAGGGUGAAGAGAGAGGAUAUUUUCUACUGCGGAAAGCUGUGGGCUACGCAUUUUGAACCAGAGAGGGUCCGCCCAUACCUGGAGAAGACACUCAAGACCCUCCAGCUAGAUUAUGUUGAUCUUUACAUCAUUGAAAUGCCCAUGGCUUUUAAGCCUGGAGAUGAAUUCUAUCCUAAAGAUAAAUAUGGCAAUUGGUUAUAUCACAAUUCAAAUCUGUGUGCCACUUGGGAGGCUUUGGAAGCUUGCAAAGAUGCUGGCUUGGUGAAAUCUCUUGGCGUAUCCAAUUUUAACCGAAGGCAGCUGGAGCUAAUACUAAACAAACCAGGACUCAAAUAUAAGCCAGUCUGCAACCAGGUAGAGUGCCAUCCAUAUUUCACCCAGAGGAAACUCCUGGAAUUUUGCCAACAACAUGACAUUGUCAUUGUUGCAUAUAGCCCUUUGGGGACCGCUAGGAAUCCAUUGUGGGUGAAUGUAUCUUUCCCACCUUUGUUAAAUGAUGAACUUCUAAACUCAUUGGGGGAAAAGUACAAUAAGACUGCAGCUCAGGUUGCUUUACGUUUCAACAUCCAGCGAGGGAUAGUUGUCAUUCCUAAAAGCUUUAACCCUAAGAGGAUCAAAGAAAACUUUCAGGUCUUUGACUUUUCUCUUACUGAAGAAGAAAUGAAGAGCAUCGAAGCCUUGAAUAAAGACGUCCGCUUAGUGGAUCUGCUCUUGUGGUCUGAUCAUCCCGAAUACCCAUUCUAUGAUGAAUACUGACUUCAGAGAGCUCCUGCACUUAUUUUUCCCUGUGUGUGUACCAUGACCUUUGGCUGGUUGCUUCCCCCACAUGUGGAAGGGAAAAGGGUUUUACUAUCCUCAGAUGAAGUGGUGAUGGGCUUCACUUCUGUAUAAGAGAAGUGACUUUGACUUAGCUAUGUUGAAGAAAAAAAAGAUGUUUACAUCUAUUAAAAUAAUAGUUUGGAAUUAAAUAAUUAAAUUGUCAGCAAAGCCAUAAUGAUUUGGUGGUUGUGUGUUUCCAUCAUUUUUUAUUCAUUUUACCCACCUUUAGGGAUGGAUAACUGCUAGUUUUCUCUUGCACGCUUUAAAGGGCCUGAGCUUCAACAUAACUGUUGAUCCACACUUACUGCCUAUCACUCCUGCUCCCAUGUAUCAUACAACCAGCAUUAUGCAAAAUGGCUUGAGACUAUCAACAUACACAAAUAAAACCCUGUAUUAUAAGAUGGUCCAAAGAUAACUAUUUUAAAAGAAGGCUUUCAGAAAUAUACUGAAAAAAGCUUUAUAAAAUUUUUAAAGUGUUACUGGGAUAAUUGUGUCAAUUUCAAUGUAGCAAGUUCCAAAUAUUACUGGUAAUUUUACUCUAAGUUUUUUGAAGUGAAUAAGAAGAUUAUUAGAAUUCUUCAAGAGAAAUACAUCUGUUUUCAAUUCAACUAAAGCAAUACAUUUUACUCAUUCAUAUUGGGUCACUUUCACAGAGCAAGAGAGGUCUUUAAAAAGUAUUUGUUCAAAACAAUUGCUUAUAGAUUAUCAUCAAUGACCUGAAAAUAUACACUUCUGAGAAAUUAUCCUUUUUAAAAAAUUGAUUUUUAUUCAUUAUUGCCACUAAUUCCAAUAUUAAUACUUAUAAUGCUGUCCAUUAGAAAAUAUGUUGUUCACAAAAAUUAAUAAACUAUGAUGAUUUGCUCCCCAUAUGGGUCUCCAUUUUGUUAUGGGGGUAGGGGACUAAACAUCUGAA